AUGCUGUCGGCGAGAGCAGCAGCGCGGCAGCUGCCCCGGCUCGCCGGCCGACGCACCUUCGCCACGGUGCAAGAUGCUCCGCUUACGAAGAAGGUCGAGAUGACACCGUGGGAGAAGGGCCACUUCAUCAACUACCAAAAGAUGAACGAGAACCUCAACAUUGUCCGACAACGCCUCAACCGGCCACUCACAUACGCCGAGAAGAUCCUCUACUCCCAUCUUGAUGAUCCGCAUGGACAAGACAUUGAGCGUGGCAAGAGCUACCUGAAGCUCCGACCGGACAGAGUGGCUUGCCAGGAUGCCACGGCUCAAAUGGCUAUCUUGCAGUUCAUGAGCGCUGGCAUGCCGAGCGUUGCCACGCCCACGACUGUGCACUGUGACCACUUGAUUGAGGCACAGAUUGGAGGCGAGAAGGAUUUGGAGCGGGCGCAGUCCAUCAACAAGGAAGUCUACGACUUCUUGAGCACAUCGUGCGCAAAGUACAACAUUGGGUUCUGGAAGCCAGGCUCUGGUAUCAUUCACCAGAUUGUGCUCGAGAACUAUGCUUUCCCAGGUGGUCUGAUGAUCGGCACCGACUCGCACACGCCAAAUGCCGGAGGUCUUGGUAUGGUCGCAGUCGGUGUUGGUGGUGCUGAUGCCGUCGACGUGAUGGCCAAUCUGCCAUGGGAGGUCAAGGCGCCAAAGAUCAUCGGUGUCAAGCUUACUGGCGAGAUGAGCGGAUGGACCGCACCUAAGGAUAUUAUCCUCAAGGUUGCCGGCAUUCUCACUGUCAAGGGUGGUACCGGUGCGAUCAUUGAGUACCACGGCCCCGGCACGAACGGCCUCAGCUGCACUGGCAUGGGCACUAUCUGCAACAUGGGUGCCGAAAUCGGUGCGACGACCUCGCUAUUCCCAUUCAACGACCGCAUGUACGACUACCUGAACGCGACCAAGCGCAAGGACAUCGGUGACUUCGCUCGCUCGUACGCCGCCGAGCUCCACGAGGACGAGGGCGCCGAGUACGACGAACUCAUCGAGAUCAACCUUUCCGAGCUUGAGCCGCACAUCAACGGCCCAUUCACCCCCGAUCUUGCCACGCCCAUCAGCCAGUUCAAGGAUGCUGUCAAGGCCAACAAAUGGCCUGAGGAGUUGAAGGUUGGCCUCAUUGGCUCCUGCACUAACUCUUCGUACGAGGACAUGAGCCGUGCCGCCAGCAUUGCAGAGGACGCCAUGCAACAUGGACUCAAAGCAAAGAGCAUGUUCACCGUGACGCCUGGUUCUGAACAGAUUAGGGCUACGAUCGAACGUGACGGCCAGCUCAAGACGCUCGAGGACUUUGGCGGCAUGGUUCUUGCCAACGCUUGCGGACCUUGCAUUGGCCAGUGGGACAGGCGAGAUGUCAAGAAGGGAGAGCCCAACUCGAUCAUCUCCUCGUACAACCGUAACUUCACCGGCCGCAACGACGCCAACCCAGCCACCCACGCUUUCGUCACCUCUCCCGACCUUGUGGUCGCCAUGACUCUUGCCGGUUCGCUCAACUUCAACCCACUUACCGACACACUCAAGGACAAGGACGGCAACGACUUCCUACUCAAGGCUCCUACCGGCGAGGGACUCCCAGCGAACGGCUACGACCCAGGCCGCGACACGUACCAAGCCCCACCUGAGGACCGUGCCUCUGUAUCCGUUGCUGUGUCGCCUACUUCCGACCGUCUCCAGAUCCUUGAGCCAUUCGACGCGUGGAACGGCAAGGAUCAAAUGGAUAUGCCCAUCCUGAUCAAGGCACAGGGCAAGACUACUACUGACCACAUCUCAAUGGCUGGCCCCUGGCUCAAGUACCGUGGCCAUCUCGAUAACAUCUCUAACAACAUGCUCAUCGGUGCGAUCAACGAGGCCAACGGUGAAGCGAACAAGGUCAAGAACCAGACCACUGGCGAGACCGACGCUGUUCCCGCGACUGCCCGUGACUACAAGAAGAAGGGCAUCAAGUGGGUCGUGAUUGGCGACUGGAACUACGGCGAGGGCUCUUCCCGUGAGCACGCUGCCCUCGAGCCUCGCCAUCUCGGCGGCAUGGCCGUCAUCGUCAGGUCUUUCGCCCGCAUCCACGAGACGAACUUGAAGAAGCAGGGCAUGCUGCCUCUGACGUUCGCGGAACCUGCCGACUACGACAAGAUCAAGCCGGAUGACAAGGUCGACCUCAUGUGCACGGAGUUGGCGGUCGGAAAGCCAAUGACUAUGCGGGUGCACCCUGCCGACGGCUCCAAGGCCUUUGACAUUAAGCUCGACCACACCUACAACGAGCCUCAGGUGGAGUGGUUCAAGAACGGCUCGGCAUUGAACACCAUGGCCAAGAACGCUGGACAGUAA